AUGCGAACGUCGAACUGUGGUGAAGGAGCGGCGACGUGUGUUGCAUGUCUGGCGAAGCGAGACCCGUUUUGUGGUUGGUGUGUGAAGAACAGCAUCUGUACCGAAGAGGACACUUGCGAGCGAGUUUUGCCGAAGACAAGCAGUGGUUGGCUGGAUUUCCAAAACAAUCGUUGUCCGAACAUCAGAGGAGUGGUACCGGAUAAGAUCCAGAUUACUACUGCCGAUUUCCUCAAUGUGAGCUUGGAAAACAUGGGUGACACCAAAGGACGUCUGCAGUGUUCAUUUCGGUUUUCUGAUGGAAAAGUUGUUAACAGUGAGCCGGCCAGGCCGGAUCCGCAUGAUGGAACGUUGCGAUGCGCCACGCCGCCCAUAAAUCGUCUACCGAUGAUUCCACCAAGCGAGUCACAUCAUCGAGCUACGCUGAGCAUAGUUGCUGAAGGUCGUAUAACUCCGAUAGCCUCAACAAAUUUUUCCUUCUACGACUGUAAUAGGUAUACGACGUGUUCGACGUGCGCCAAGAGCGAGUUUCCUUGUGAUUGGUGUCUGGAAUCGAAUGAGUGUGUAGCUGGAAAACUCACUGAGGACAAAUGCCGGAAACAGCAUAUUGUGAAUGGACUUAAUCGAGAAGGUCACUCACGUCGAAAAGGUCCGCAGAAAUGUCCCCACAUAGUGGCACCACAGACGAAACUCUACGUGGCCGCUGGUGAGAGGCGGAACAUCUCAGUGAAGAUGCAAAAUCUCGAUCCGAUAUUCAUGACAGAUUUCCGAUGCCAGUUUCGGGUUGGCAGUAUCGAACAUGAAAAGUCGGCUGUGAAGACGUUCGAUGAUAAUAUCAUGAGUAAUCCCUUGGCGGUGGGAAAUACGUAUGGUGCGCUUUCCCACGAAUCACGAGCGUUGUUUGAAGGAUAUUAUUGCUUCGAAGCCACUCUACUGAAUCCAUGUUCAGUUGCGCAUUAUUGGACAAACCUCGGUCGACGAUAUCAAGACGUGUCAGGUGCGGUGAUCGUUGCCAAUGUGCAGUGCACAGUGAUACCAUCGGAAUACCAUCCCGCAACGGAAAUCGUUUGUGAAACUGGCAAAGCAGCUAUCAAGAACAGCAAGGGUCCGAUUGUGGUGAGACUUCGUGCUGAUGACGCGAAUUAUGCGGCAGUUUCGAAAUACGAUUAUGAGUACGUCGAGCCUGCAGUGUCAGCCGUGAAACCGGAUAGAGGGCCGAUAUCUGGUGGAACAGAUGUGACUCUUGUGCUAUCCCGUAGGGAAAAUCAGCUGAUAUGUCGUAUGGACGCUGGCGAUUCGCAGGGUGGCAGACAGCUUCGCAUCGACUUUGAUGGAUCUCGUGGACGAGUGCCCUAUCCAGUAACAUACAACUUCGCACUGAAUCCUCGCGUAUCAACCGUUCUACCGGCUAAGACUAUCGCAGCCGGCGGUGUGCAGAUUGAUGUGAAAGGUGAAGGGUUUGCGUUGCUGCAAAGGCCGAGGAUGGUUCUCAUCAAUGACCGUGGUGUCCAUCAAGCAGGACCGGUUUGUGAAGUGGAGGACGAUAGUUUGAUGGUAUGUAUCACCCCUGGAUUGCCAUCAGGUGACACCGGAGGACGGCUACAUCAUAACUUUGCGUUCGACUUUGAUGGGACAAUUACUGAAAGUCGUCAAUUGGAGGUGUACUCGAAUCCGAAAAUAGAUCAAUUUGCGGAGACACGAUUCUACCGUCCUGGUGAUAACUACCUCACGAUAAACGGUGAAGAUCUGAAUGUGGGAGCGAUGGAACGCGAUAUCAAGAUCACGGUGGGAGGUGUUGACUGUCAGCUGACAGCACUUGCCAGAAAAGUCCUCACUUGUAAACCUCCGACAGAGAAACCGCCUCUGGAAGGCUAUACUGCUGGCCAAUUGUCCUACGAUUCUCCAUCUUUGACGUCCAGCGUAGUGAUCGUGAUCUUGGCUUGUAUUGCCGCAAUGCUCGUCUGUUUUGUCUGCCUUGCUAUUAUGUAUCCAAGAAAGACGAAUUCACAUCAAAGACAGAUGAAGUAUCUGAAGACUCAAAUGGAUACUAUCGAAAUGAAGGUAGCCACCGAGUGUAAAGAGGCAUUCGCUGAGCUUCAAACUUCUCUGAAUCAGUACACAGCCGAUCUACCACUGGGAACACCCAUAGUGCCGUUCUUGGAGUAUAAGGAUUACUGUGCCAGGGUACUGUUCCCGAACAAUCCGCACAAUCAUCCGGUUCUUCGCGAUCUUGAGGUGGAUAGCCAGAAAGCGGGUGCGAUCGAAGCAGGUCUACGAGAGUUCCAUAAGUUGCUGAUGAACAAGACUUUCUUCCUCACGAUGGUGCGAACGAUGGAGUCGAACAAGUACUUCCUUGGGAAGGAUCGUGUCUACGUUGGCUCUUUGGUGAUGGUGGUGCUUCAGGAGAAAAUGGGCUACUGUACGGAGAUGUUGAAGCAGCUGUUACGUGAACUGAUUGAUCGAACGGUGGAGAAGAAGUUUCAGCCGAAAAUCCUCUUCCGACGAAGUGAAAGUGUGGCCGAGCGUAUGCUGGCGGCAUGGUUCACCUUCCUUAUGCAUGACUAUUUGAGGAAUUAUGCCGGCAAGCGUCUCUAUGACCUAUAUUGGGGCAUCAAGCAACAAAUGGAAAAGGGACCACAGGACGCAAUAACACUUGAAGCUCGUUAUUCUCUGUCGGAGGAGAAGCUGUUACGUGCAACGUUCGAGUACAAAGAGUUGACGAUAUUUAUCGCCGCCGAUUCGAUGACGUAUACCCAACCGGAUAUGCCCGUUCGAGUACUGGAUUGCGAUACUAUUACUCAGUCACUGUUAUCUGAACGUAGUGAAAAAUCGACGCUUAGCCUGAAGAAUAGUCCGACAUUAUCGAGACCUUGGGUUGGCACAAACAGCAGCAGUACUUCCACCCAGGAUGCUGAAGGCCAGAAACUUUUCCAUCUCGUCAAGCCAACUGAACAUGGUCCGAGCGAGAAUCAAGAGAAGAUGGUCACAGAAAUCUACCUCACUAGGUUAUUGAUGAUGAAAGGAACGCUGCAGAAGUUUAUCAAUGAUUUACUAGAAUCAAUAUUUUCGACGGCAUCACGAUCAGCACCACUACCAGCCGCGAUCAAGUACAUGUUCGACUUUAUGGAUGAGCAGGCGCUUGAACACGGUAUCACUGAUGCGGAAGUGGUUCACGCAUGGAAGAGCAAUGCGUUGCCGCUCAGGUUUUGGGUCAAUCUGAUAAAGAAUCCACAUUUUGUGUUCGACAUUCAAAAGCCGACCAAGGUGGAGGGAUGUUUGUCCGUUGUGGCUCAAACGUUGAUGGACGCAUGUUCAACGCAAGAUCAUCAGUUGACAAAAGACUCACCGUCGAGUAAACUGUUGUUCGCGAAGGACAUGUAUCAAUACAGGGACUGGGUGGACAGGUUUGUCGAAAAUGAUCAUUUUGUCACUAUUUCUACUUAUUCGAAUUGCCGAUUUCCGCGAUUUCAUCAGACAUGGCCAGCGCUGUUGAAUGAGGAGUCUCGAGUGCAUCGUGGCCAAUUCCAUGUGUUCUCGGCGUUGAAUGAGCUCUACAAGUACCUAGACCAGUACAAGGAUCCAAUUAUGGACGCCUUAGAGCACAACGAACAUGCUCAAGCAAGUCGGCUGCCUGGAAGGUUACAGGAUAUGUUGGCGCUCAUGGAAUCCGAUCAGAGCAGGACGGACUACGACAGUUCGACGCUGGGCCUCGGCUAUAAUUCAAACAGUCGAUUAAUGCCUCGCGAACGAUUAUAA